CCUAGCCUCACUUAUGGGCCUACAACUACGGACUGGGCCCAAGGGGCCUUAGGCCCAUGUCCGCCCUUGCUUGCAUUGCAUACGUACCUCUCGCCAUCCCUCUCCUUUCCGCAACCGAGAAAGACGCCAAAACCCUAAGCUGAGUCCCGAAUUCCCGGCUGCACGAAGCGAAGCGCCCCACAAUGGUGACGGCGGCGGAAGCGACCCUCAUCCUAGACCACGUCCUGGGCGACCCCUCGUUCUCCGCCUCAGUCGCCGAAGCGCUCCUCGCCGCGCUUCCCUCUCUCUCUCCCUCCCACCGGACCCGGCGCCUCUGCCGCGCGGUCCUCCUCCGCAACCUCGCCGCAGACCCAGUCUCCGAAUCCGCUCUCGAAACCCUCCACCUCCUGGCCUCGCUCCCCGCCUCCGCCUCCCACAUUGCAGCCGCCCACAUCGCCGUCGCGGCAUUCCUCGUCGUCUCCGCACCCGACUUCGAUGCCACCGUCAGGGAGCUCUUCCCGCGCCCCAACGACCGCGCGGUCGAUGAGGGAGGUUCCACCGCGCUCGCCUCCGAUGUUGUCAUCGCCACAGCGGACCAGUUCGAGGCCGCCGUCGGGAACUACUCCUCCCAGACCAUCCUCAGGGGCCUGUGGGGCAACAGGGCCGCCGCGGAGGAGCGGGUCAGGGACCUCCUCGCCGUCGAAUGGGCUGCGAUUGGGCCGUCGAAGCUCGUCAUGGCGGCUGAGCGGAUCGUCGGGGAUGGGGCCGUCGAGACAUGGCGUGCCGCGGAUGAGGCCACCCGUGCCAAGCUCCGCAUCUUGGCUGGGGAAGAAAAUACACGUGUGAUUCUUGCCAAACUUGAAGAACCUGCCUCCAACGCAAAUCCAAUUUCAACACCAGCUGUUGAGAAGGCGAUUGACGCGCUCAAAACAAGCUGUGCUGACCUCCACAAUGUUGUGGAGGAUCCGCUUCCAGCUGUGAAGGCAGUCGCAGAUGAGGUAUUGGCUGCAAGGAUGGAUAAAGGAGUUAGCUUCAAUGCUGAAGGAGAAAUAGGUCAGCCAACAACUUGUGACGCUGCAGGCCCGAGUAAACCGCACUUGCCUAGCCCAAGGAGAAUGCCACCUUCUCCUUUGCCACCGCAAGAGAACAUAAGUAAGCAUAGAAGGGCAAGGAAGUGUUGGAGCUUGUUAGAAGAAGAAACACUAAGAAAUGGUGUUCAGCAGUAUGGUAUAGGCAAUUGGAGGGAUAUUUUAAAUCACAAUCUUGACAUUUUUAUCGGCAGAACAACGGUGGACUUGAAGGAUAAGUGGAGGAAUAUGACUUGAUAAGGACUAACUUCACGCUCCAGAGCACCUUCUAAUGGAUGGUACUAGGGUGAAGUAGCUAGCAUGUUACCACUGUAGUCGUGAUGUAUUUAGCGACGUCACUAAGUUAGCCCAGUAGACUCUAUCGAGCUCCAGUUUCGCUAGUAUCGGCUAAACUUUUGUGACAAAAUGCUUACCGAGUGGUUGGUUUGCCGGAUGAUGUAUUAUGAACGCUAGUAUAUAUUUUUAUUAUGUACGUUGCCCUCAUUGCAUGCUUGCAUUGUACUAGCUUUACUCGCAUAUUAUGGCCUCUGGAACAGAGGAAGAUUCAUGAA